CGCUGAUCAUGUGAAUGCUUGUCCAGAAAGAAUAAAAGCCACACCACAAAUCAACUCAGACUGAAUCAGCCAGUCAGUUUGUGUGAGUCAGUCUGUGACACAGCCAGACUCGAUCAGACAACCAGUCAGUCAGUCAGUCAGUCAUUCAGCCAGCCAGCCAGCCAGCUUGUUUCUCUGUUUCACUGUGUGUGUGUGUGUUUCAUUGUGCUUUCAGUGUCAACCAGGAGAAUGAGUGAAUCACGAGCCAGACAGAAUUUCACCAAGGAAUGUGAAGAAGCGCUGAACAAACAGAUCAACAUGGAAUUGCAGGCUGCAUACGAAUACAUGGCUUUCUCCACCUACUUCGAUCGAGAUGAUGUCGCCCUCCCCAAUGCAGCUGAAUUCUUCCGAAACGCGUCACUCGAGGAACGUGAGCACGCUGAGAAAUUGGCCGAGUAUUUGAUUAAGCGUGGUGGUCGUGUUGAGUACAGUGACAUCAAGGCUCCAUGUAAGACGGAGUUCACGGGUGUGGAGGAUGCGAUGAACACAGCUCUUGCAAUGGAGAAGGCAGUGAAUGAGGUGAGUGAAUCAGUCAACACGAAUAUUAAUAGUAUUUUUGGACGGAGUUAUCCGCCUGAAUUGCACACAAUGACUGUAUCCUCUACACUGUUGUAUUCGUGCAACUAA